GUUGGAGGAAACAAGUAGAAUGUCACGAUGUGAAAACAGGAUGUGCAGGUAACAGGCGAGCAGAAGCUGCAGCAACGUCUCAAGGUGGCGUGUGAGAAGCAGGAAUGGCUCGGGUGUGUGUGCUCGCUGUAUUGCUCUCUGCGGCCGUCACACGCGGCCAUAAGGGGCCGCCCGACACCUACCAUGUCAGUGCGGGCCACCUCCUGCUGCUGAAGUGUCCCAUCACCGGCACACAUGACAAUGUCACGUGGACCCGAGAGGGCUCGUCGGCGGGGGCAAAGGUUUCUCUGCCCCCGGGUGUGGAAGUCAGGGAUGGGUUUCUGUGCUUCCUGCCCACGCAGACAUCCCAUAAUGGCACCUACAGCUGCGAGAGUGCCGUGGUGCAAAGCGAAACCAUCAAGAUGGACUUUAGAGUGUCGGUGUCCACUGGACUUUGUCCUCCCGUGGCCGAAGUGAGGAGGGUCCCCCUGGGGGUCACCCAAAGCCUUCCCUGCAAGCUGGACCACGUCUUACGACUCAACAACAUGAGUAACGUACGAUGGCUGAAGGACUGCCACCCAGUGGUGCGUGAAGGCGCGCCCAUUAGCGUGCACGACAGCGGCCUCAUGAGGCUGCGCAAGGCCACGCAGGACGACGCCGGCACCUACACCUGCCUGGUGAACGUCAGCCUCGAAGGCAGAAUGUACACGUCAGCACGAAGCAUCCAACUGCACAUCAGCAACAUGUUGGCACAUACAGUUCUUAGCGAGCCGGAGGUGAUCCAGCAACAAGAACAGAUGCUCGCCGUGGAUAUGGGUGCGCGGGUGGAGCUGAAGUGCUUGGCCUUCAUGGGCUUCAGCCAGGAUGAAGAGACGUUCAUGUUCUGGGUUGUGAACGGCAGUUUUGCCGACGAUGACCCGGAGCUCCAGGAGUCCUUCCACAUCACUGCAAACCAAGACCGCAUGUUCGGCGAGUCUACACUGACGAUCUCUAGAGUUCUACCUCGCUUCCUCAACGUGUCCAUUCGCUGUCGGGUCCAGAGCCCUCUUGUGGUGAAAGACUGCCUUGUGCAACUCAGAGAAGCCAAUCACAGCUGGUUCCACGCUGGCAUGGCUGUGGGCUUGGCCACGUCGCUUCUUCUUCUUCUGGUGUUCCUGUUGGUCUUCUUCAAGGCGGACGUAGUGUUGGCGUACAGAAGGCUGCGUGGCUAUUUUGUGACGCCACAAGAUGCAGACUGGGUCCCGUACGACGCCUUGGUGAGCGUGGUGCACGCUGCGGGCUCUGAGACGAGCCCAAGCGUCGCAUCUGACUUCGCCCUGCAGCUGCUGCCCAGCCGGCUGGAGGAGCGACAUGGCUACCGCCUCUUCAUCACGGGCCGAGACGACAGCCCGGGAGAAGCAACACACGACGCCAUGGCAGCCACCAUGCAGAGAUGCCGCCGGCUGAUCAUCAUAUUGGCCAAGAAGGAGGAGGAAGAGGAGAAGGAGGCAAGCGAGUGGCGGCCCUUCAGCCAUGAGGAUCGACAGCUGAACUACGAGCAGAAGCUGGGCCUGCAUGAGGCUUUGACGCACAACACACCUUCAGUCAUCCUUCUGGAAAUAGACGGUCCGCCGGAUUACAGUCGCCUACCGCAGUCUCUGGGCUUCAUCAAGAGGAGACAGGGGGCACUCACGUGGAGGAAACACAAGCCUAACAGAGUCUUCUGGAAGAAGCUCAGAUGCCUCAUGCCUGCCGUGCCAGCCACGAGACAAUCCAGACUGCAUCAAGACCACGUUUUGUGAAUGCACACGUUGAGAAAAGCUUUGUUGGGGAUCACUCCCUAUCAAAUACAGUACAUAGUGCCCUACAGUCAAGGGCGUUGAAGUGGGGGGGCAAAGUUGAACAGUUGUGCUGGAGCCCCAUUUUUUUCCCCCCUUUGAUUUAAAUAUUUCAGUCAUAAAAAACAGCAUCAUGAGUGUUAAAAUAUUUUUACGUAAGAUUGCGUUUAAACUUGGAACGGUACGUACAUUGGGAAAAGCACGGAGAUGCAGAGUUGAAAGGAGUUAUGUCAUACUUACAGGACUUCAUAGCGUCACUCGACUCUUUGUGACUGACUGGCUCCAAGUCAGCCUUUGAUCAUUCACAGGCUCCAAAUUAAAAUUGGCAAUUUGUCGCAAAAUUUUUUUUUGUCAUAGUGUUAACACGAUCGGAAACAUUCUCCCCGUUGCUUUUCAUUUUUGCCCCCGUAGCAGACGCUCUACGGUGAGCAGAAGCAUGCUAACAGACAGCCACUUAGCUCUACAAAGAGGAUGGAUGCGGACUGUGGAAACAGUAAUAGAUCACCCAGCAGCUCUUCCUGGAAUUAACUAAACAUAUGGAACAUCUAAAAGGGAGGGGAGAACACCAGCAGAUUACAGAGGAAUCGGGCUGACCUGCAUUGCGUGCUGCUUCAACCGCGAGAGAGCGGCUGUAUACGGUCGCAACAUCAAAGGGCAAGAAAACAGGACGCAAGUCAAUGCAAAACAUUGACAUCAGACUUACAAAUAGAUUUGAGCCACUUGAGCCGGACCAGCUCGCGCCGGUCUUCACUCAGAUCUUCAAUAGAUCUCUGGAACUGUGUGAAGUACCAUCGUGUUUCAAAUGCUCGACCAUCAUCUCGGUCCCCAAGAAACCUGCAAUCUCGGGUCUGAAUGACUACAGGCCUGUCGCCCUGACAUCUGUGGUCAUGAAGUCCUUUGAAUGCCUCGUGCUGGAGCACCUCUAGAGCAUCACAGGUCCCCUGCUGGACCCCCUGCAGUUUGCCUACCGAGCAAACAGGUCUGCGGAUGACACAGUCAACAUGGGAGUGCACUUCAUCCUAGAACACCUCGACAGCACGGGGACCUACGCGAGGAUCCUGUUCAUGGACUUCAGCUCUGCUUUCAACACCAUCAUCCCCAAACUCUUCUCCUCCAAGCUUCUCUAGCUCAGCAUCUCGCCUGCCAUCUGCCAGUGGAUUUACAGCUUCCUGCAGAUGGAAGAUGGAGUCACCUAAAAAAAUCAGAGCAACGAAUGAGGAAUGAGAUGAGGCAGCACUUUCAAUCUCCCACACCCCUCCCUGCCCAAUUGGAGCAAAGCCCAACCCAAAACUCGCUCUCUACAAACCAAAAUGCCCUGUUAGACGUGAUGGACAGGAUGAAGGCUAUUGUCAAUAUUGGAAUCCAAUGCACACCACACCAAGAUCUUCCUCCCACCCCCCCUCUCCUGAAACCAACGUCCGCUAAGAUUUGAAGGGCCUCUCCUCCACCCAUGAAGAAUCUUGUCUCCAAAUCUGACUGAUAUGUACGGGGUCUUUUCCAGAAUCAGUCAGACCCCUAUGGAGAUCAGAUGUUUUUGAUCCCUGUAAUUACAAGGGACAGAAAGUUGGUCAAAGAAAUAUGGCACAAAAAACUACAAACUUAGUGAGGAUAAAAUGUGAAUCUAUCAAACCAGUCUCCAGUUUGCUCUCUUUUCAAUAUCAGGUCACUGAGUAGUAAAUAAAUGUUGUUUAAUAACAUCAUUACAACCUAUGAUCUAGAGCUUUGGUACUGACUGAAACGUGGUUCACAGAAAGUAGCUGUUAUACCAGUUUAAAUGAGGCAACACCAGCAAAUUUCUAUUUUAUGUCUAAUAGGGGGAAAAAGGCGGUGGAAUUGCUGAUAUUUUUAAGUCAUUAUUUAAGUGUAAAGAAAUGAUACUGGGUGAUUUUUGUCAUGGGUAUGUGUUCUGAUUGUUGUCUUCCCCCUGUCUCGUACACAACUGCUCCUGAGAGCAUCUUCACCACCUGUGCCUCGUUCACCCUAAUUACCCCUUGCAUUUAACCUCGUGUCUCAUUCUUUCUAGUCGCCAGUUCGUUGUACCUUGUCGUCGUGUUCCAGCAUUCCUUGUUUCCACGUCACAGACUCACAGUAAGACUAGACCCCGUUCCGCUUAUCGACCACGCCUUUUUGCCUCAGGUUUUUGGAUACUGUUGCCUUUUUUAAAUUUAUUUAUUUAUUUAUUUAUUUUUAUUGCCUGCGUGUGUACUGACCUCUGCCCGUAUAUUAAACGUCUCUUUUUGAAACUGUC